AUGGCCGCCCAUCCUUCCUCCACGCUCUUUAUGCCCAUCACCUCACCUCCUACUCCUGCACCCUCACCACGACUCAAAGCAUUCGAGCCUUCCGAGAUCAGCGAUCGCACCCAUGAUCCUGCUCACGUAUCUCGUCGAGAAUUCGCCGCCUUGCCCCCGUCACUGCGCUUCCAAUACCUCUCCGCUAUCUUGGCAGAAUGCACGCCGGCAGAAUUGCUCUUCAUAUCGACUUCCGUCACACCAAGGCUCAGACGCGACUUCAUGAAGGACCUGCCUCCAGAGAUUACACUCCAUAUUCUCGGUUUCAUUGACGAUCCGCAGACCCUUGCCCGCGCCAGUCGAGUGAGCAGGACAUGGCAUCGCAUUCUCGACGAUCAGUGGCUCUGGAGGAGAAUGUGUCGCCUUCAUGGCUACGAGGUCAUUGGCGAAGAGCCUGUAGAUGGAGACGAUAAUCACCACCACCACUUGAUUGCAUCAGCAUCCUCGACGUUGGGUCUUCAGCCGAUCCACGCGCCAGCGAUCGAGUCCAUCCCUUCGUACCGCAAGCAGUUCCAGUAUGCACAUACCACGACCGCAAAUUGGCUCCACGGUGGCAAACUGCUUCGAGUUCACAGAAUGCCCCUAGUGCCUCCGAACCACCGUCCCCCACCCGAGGCCCCUAACUCAUCGAUCCCCACGUCCGUGGCUAUAGACGACUCCUGGGUCGUUGUUGGCCUCGCAAAUAGUCGGAUACAUGUUUUCAGCGCGCGCACAGGCGUGCUCAGCCGGACACUCGUCGGACACGACUCUGGUGUCUGGGCGGUUGCACUGGUGCGAGCCAGCCCAGAGGUCAUGCCUGAUCAUGAUGUGAUGGCUAUGGAAGAAGAGGACAACUACGAAGAAUCGGAUGCUUACGAAAUUGAAUAUGAUACGAUGGUGGACCCUACUUUACCUUCGACACUUCGGCGAGCGCUUGGACUUGACUCCCCGCCUAGUUUCAGCAAGCGAUGGCGCAGACGGUCUGCCUCCGAGGUGUUCCGGGAUGGCAAAGCAGAGAAGUCUAACAAAUCCGAUGAAGGACACGAAUAUUCCCCCAAGCCUAGUAAUCCGGCUGGUGCUUCUGACGGGUGGGGCCAGCCGAACGCUCUUGUGGUCAGUGGAGGCUGUGACAAGGAACUCCGUGUAUGGGAUGUCAAGUCCGGAUACUGUAUAUAUACACUUCGCGGACAUACCUCCACGAUUCGGUGUCUUAAAGUCCUCCACGGCCGUCCGAUCGCGGUAUCCGGCUCACGGGACCGCACUGUGCGCGUCUGGGACAUCCAGCGAGGACGGUGCCUCCGUGUUCUAGAGGGGCACGAGCAGAGCGUGCGGUGCCUGGAUGUCUGCGGGAACCGCGUCGUCAGCGGGAGCUACGACUGCACAUGCCGCGUAUGGGACAUCGAUACGGGGGCGUGCCUGCACGUCCUGCGCGGACACUUCCACCAGAUCUACGCCGUAGCAUUCGAUGGCGUCCGGAUAGCAUCCGGCGGUUUGGACACCACUGUGCGUGUCUGGGAUGCUGCAACAGGCUCCUGCUUAGGGCUGCUCCAGGGACACACUGGGCUUGUUUGCCAAUUACAGCUAUCUCCGACCAUGCUUGCGACUGGCGGUUCGGACGGCCGCGUUAUCACGUUCUCCCUGAGCCCCACGUACAGCGUCAUCCAACGCCUAGCCGCGCACGACAGCUCCGUCACCGGCCUGCAGCUCGAUGAGCGGUUCCUCGCGACGAGCGGGAACGACGGGCGGGUGCGACUUUGGCGCCGGGAGCCGGGGCGGUGCGAGUACGUGCGGGAGCUGAGCGAGCCGAGCGAGAGUGUGUGGAAGAUUGCGUACACGCGCGAGACGUGUGUGAUCCUGUGCAAGCGGGCGGGGAAGGCGGUGGCGGAGAUUUGGUCGUUUCGACCCAGUGAGGCGGCGUAG